GCCGACAACUGCGACCGAGAACCUCCUGCUUUCCCGAUCGAACAGCGAGCUUGCUUGCCUUCGGCUUGCGUGUCUCUUCAGAAAACUUUCUGGCAUCGCGUGCACCUCCGUAGUCCGGAAUACGUACGUCUUAGCGCACGCCGUGUGUUGUGAACCGCUGAAAUGGUCAGGAGUUCUCGAUUCAAGCAAGGUGUUUGUUGUCGCAGUAUCGGUUUAAUCGCAUUCACUUGGAUUUGGAACUUACCCGGAAUCGUUGGCCAAGCAGACUACGAUGACAAAAAGGGCCCAAAUACGUCACUUCGCCUGAACGUCUUGGAAGGAGAGCCGACGUCACUUCCUUGCCCCAUCAACACGGCAACCCGUGCGCCAAUCUCAGCCGUCUGGUUCCACGUCUCGACACACGCCUACAAAGAAUACGGCAGCUCACCGUACUACACCAAAGGCCACCUGCGGGCGAAGAGGGUUUACGCGAUCGAAGCGCCAGAACCGUCCGCCACGGCGUUGGCAGGAACUGGCGGCCUGGUGGAUGGAACGCACUGGAAGCGGCCAUCUUGGUCGGGCAGGGCGUUCUUCUCGCUUCUCAGCGACCCGCCUGCUUUGCGGCUCAACCGCUUGGAGCGCUCCGACAGCGGAAACUACGACUGCAACGUCACCUACCACGACAACGUCACUUCCGCCGCGGUAGUGGUGACGGAGUCCCGCGUGGAGCUUUUCGUGGCCGCACAGGCAUGCCCACCGCUCAUCAAAGACUCUAGGGGCGCAACGAUCAAGAGCACGGCUGGACCCUACGCCGAGGGAGAGGCCGUGCGACUGACCUGCGAAAUAGAAACGUGCGACCACGACGUCACGCUCACGUGGUACCAGAACGGCACGCAGCUGAGGACGGCCCAUGGUACAGUGGCUACAUCCGACGGUGGCUGGAAGAACCUAGUCACCGUGGGUCCCCUGAGUCGCCGCGAUCUGCACUCGAACAUCACCUGCCUCGCGGCAAGCAAUGUCUCGCUACCCGGAUCGGCCACGGUGCUUCUCGAUCUAUACAUGGCACCAACGGCGGUUAUCAUCUGGAGUUGGCCCGCGCAGCAGACUGACGCCCCUUCAGGGUGGUUCGGCCUGCCCGGCACAGCUACGCAGCGCGAGCCACCGAAGAAGACCGCCGCAGCGGAUACGGCCAUCGGCUCCAGCAUUCCGUUGUCCGCGGACGCCAAGGUGGCAAAAAGUGACGUGGCGGCGCCUGCAUCGUUUGGUUCGCCUUCCGAACGCUUCUCCGCGAAGGCCAGGAGCUUCGAGUGCGAAGCCACUGGUAGCCGACCGGCGGCAAACGUGACGUGGUUUAUGGACGGCACGGCAGUGGACCCGGCUUUCAGCCGAAGCGUGACCGAAGGCAACGUGACCACGAGCAUGCUUCUUCUGCCGGCAUCAGCGCAAUCCGGCAGGCUGCUCGAGUGCCGCGCCAUCAACGGCAACCUGCCCGAGAGCCGAGGCGUGCUCAGCCGUUUCCUCAAAGUGGACAUGUCGCGUAAGUGAAAGGCCCAAGGUAAAGGUCCCUUGAAACACAGCAGCGUCCUUGAUACACGUGACAACGUUACAAAUACAAAACGCGUUAUUAGAGAGGAGGAGCGCUUCGCGAACGCGUGUAUGGCUGUUUACCAAGCCCCGAAAUGUCGGAGACGUAGACGGCAGCAGUAUAUGGAGCAGGCCUCCAUUUCUAUAUGGUAAAGUUAUCUAUGUUUGUCACGAUUCUAGUUUUAUCAAUCUCUUUCCUCAUUUUUUUUGCGCCAAUACUCUAAGCGUGUCUUGCUUAUCUCGACUGAUGAACAGGUAAUGCUUCCAUCAGCUUUGAAUCGCAUCUCUUCGAGAAGGGGGACGUCUCCUACGGGUCUUGUUUGAAGAAUACCUUAACAUUUCUCUACGAUGUGCUGAGUCGUUUCGGCACUAGAAGCAGCAACACUGAAGGAACCACCUUAUGCCACGUUCUUCAACCUCGACGCUUGAGAAACUUCUCUCUCGUUUUGUUACUUUUCUUUUUUUUUGCAUAAAUGCUCCCACAGAAAGGAAAAAUUUUACCGGUACAAGGUGAAGAUUCUAUUCCACUGAUAUUCUCUUUCAGCCUGGUCAAGCAUACUAUAGACAACCGU